AUGGAACGUUUUCGCACCACGUUUACUCUUAUUGAUAACUCGCAUCCCCAGAGACGCCGUACGGUGCGUACAGAAGAAGCUCUUGCUGCUGUACAGCGUAGCAUUGAGGAAGACCCGGAGGAGUCCAUCCGCCAUCGAGCACAGGAAUUGGAUCUGUGUCCAUCGACUUUAUGGAAGAUUUUGCGGAAGGAUCUUGGUGUGCGUGCUUACAAAAUCCAACUCGUGCAAGAAUUGAAGCCAAACGACCAUCAAAUAAGGCGUAGAUUCGUCGAAUGGGCCCAAAACGAGAUUACCGUUGUUCCCAAUUGUCAUAGGCAAAUUUUGUUUAGCGAUGAAGCGCACUUCUGGUUGAAUGGCUACGUCAACAAACAAAACUGUCGCAUUUGGAGUAAAGGUAAUCCUCAAGUGUAUGUCAAAACACCGUUACAUCCACAAAAACUGACUGUUUGGUGCGCUUUAUGGGCUGGUGGAAUCAUUGGUUCGUACUUUUUCAAAAACGAUGGUGGCCAGAACGUUACAGUCAAUGUGAUCGGUAUAGAGCCAUGA